UCAAAAGCUGGAUGACUUAGAAUACCACGAAACUAUAGAAGAAAAAGAGACUUUUAGUAAUAAUAGUAAAUAUGAUAAGGAAGAUUACGAAGAUUAUAAUGAGAAAGAUUGUGAAAAUUAUAAUGAAGAGUAUAAUGAGGAGUAUAAUGAGAAGUAUAAUGAGGAGUAUAAUAAAGAGUAUAAUGAGGAUCAUAAUGAGAAGUAUAAUGAAGAGUAUAAUAAGAAGCAUAAUGAGAAGUAUAAUAAGAAGUAUAAUGAGGAGUAUAAUGAGGAGUAUACUGAGGCAUGCGAUAAGGAAGAUAAUAGAGAAGCUAGUGAGGAAGGUAGUGAGGAGGAAAGUAAUGAGGACAAUAAUAAGGAAUUUGAUAGUGAAUAUAUAAAUUUUGAAGGUGUUCAGUGUGUUGAUAGUUUAAUAGAAAAAACUUUUACUCUUCACACACAUAUUUUGAGUUGGUCUGGUAAUAUUCCAGCACUUGCUAAGGUCAUGAAUACAACUGGUCAUACUUCUUAUAAGGCUUGUCAUGUAUUAGGAUGUCAAUAUAAUUCUAAGGACCUACUAUUACGAACAUAUAAAAAUUACUUGCGAGAUAUUGUUACUAUAGAGCAUUUACAUAGAUUAUUACGUAAACACGAAGUUCAGAAAAAAG